AGCUACACUCAGACGUGUAGUCGCAGUCGAACUGAUAGAUUGAGAUCGGACGGGAACGGAACGGUCUGGUCUGGUUCUAGUGUAUAACUGUAUAACUGCGGCGCCGGAAGUUUAAACCCUAAAAAUACAAAUAAAUUAAUAACUAAAAAACGCAAGAAAUGGAAAUACGUGUGGGCGUGGGCGAUCUCCUAAAAAUGGGCACCAAGCUGGUGGGCCACAAGAUCGUACAAUACCGCCUGGCCACCAAACAGACGAAGGUCAUCAGCACCAGGAAUGGCCAGUUAAAGGGUCUGCGCCGCAAGACCCUCUACGACGAGGAGCUGUACUAUGCCUUCGAGGGCAUACCCUUUGCCCAGCCCCCGGUGCGGGAACUACGUUUCCGGGCGCCACAGCCUGCUCAGCCGUGGCAGGGCAUACGCGACUGCACAUACCCGCGGGCCAAGCCCAUGCAGAAGCAUUUCGUCCUGAGCAUCGUCGAGGGUGCCGAGGAUUGUCUGUAUUUGAAUGUUUAUGCCAAGCAGUUGGACACGGAGCGGCCGCUGCCGGUUCUGGUGUGGAUCUAUGGCGGUGGCUUUCAGAUCGGCGAAGCCUCCAGAGAUUUCUAUAGUCCUGAUUAUUUUAUGAAGCAGGAUGUGAUCCUGGUCACGUUUAACUAUCGCGUGGGUGCUUUAGGUUUCCUGAGCCUCGCCGAUCGCGAUUUGGAUGUGCCUGGCAAUGCGGGACUCAAGGAUCAGGUGAUGGCCUUGCGAUGGGUGCGGGAAAACAUUUCACAGUUCAAUGGCGAUGCAAAUAAUAUCACGCUGAUGGGCGAGAGUGCUGGUGCCGCCUCCACACACAUGAUGAUGACCACCGAACAGACGCGCGGACUCUUCCACAAGGCCAUCAUGCAGUCGGGAUCGAUGUACAGCGAGUGGGCCAGCGAGCCACGUGGAAAUUGGGCGUACCGGCUCGCCUGCGCCAUUGGUUACUCGGGCAGCGAGAACGAAAAGGAGGUCUUUCGGUACCUGCAAAGCGCCUCAGCCUCGGAUUUGGCGACGCAUUGCAUUUCACUGAUCACCCAGGAGGAGAAACGCAACUAUGUCCUGUUUACCUUUACGCCCGUGGUGGAGCCGUAUGUGACCAGCGAUUGUGUGAUGCCCAAACCGCAUCACGAAAUGGUCGCCGAUGCCUGGGGCAACGAGCUGCCUCUGAUCAUUGGCGGCAACUCGUUUGAGGGUCUGUUCUCCUACCAGUCCACCAUGCAGGAUGCGGAUCACAUGCUCAGCGCCUUUGAGGCGCUGAUACCUAGGGAGGUGCGCAACCAGGUGACGCCCGCUGAGCUCAAGGAUCUGAUAAGAGAAUUUAAGAUUUCGAAUUUCGAUGAUGCCACACGCGGACGCAUGGAGUUCAACGAGUGCCUCCAUCUGCUGUCCGUCAAACAUUUUUGGCAUGGACUCCAUCGCACGGUGCUCUCCCGCCUGGCGCUCGCCCCCACCACGCCCACCUACCUGUACCGCUUUGACUUUGAUUCGCCGCACUUCAAUCACUUCCGCACGGUGAUGUGUGGCCGCCAUGUGCGCGGCGUCAGUCACGGCGAUGAUCUCUCCUACCUGUUCUACCUGCUGCUGGCCACCAAGCUGGACAAGUCCUCGCCGGAGUAUCGCACCAUUGAGCGAAUGAUUGGCAUGUGGACUUCCUUUGCUGCGAACGAUAAUCCCAAUUGUCCACAGAUUUCGCCUGUGCUGUGGGAUGCACUCGACACAAAUGGUCCACAGAUGUGCCUCAACAUUGGCAACCAAUUGGAGUUCGUUGAGCUGCCCGAAGCGAAGCAGCUGCACAUGUGGGAUCGACUCUACGAUAAGCAGAAUAAUAAUGAAAUAGAAUAAGUUAUUUCUAGAAGGGGAGCGAGAGGUGUGUC